AUGACAGUAAUAGAUCCCUACAAAAUGGAACUCCGCUUCACUUAUGAUAUCAACAAAUGGAUGGCAAUCAAUGAGACAAUUACUGCCACUUAUUAUGACUACAGGACUCAUAGCUUUCAUAUGUUCUUCAAUAAUAAUAAGUAUCGCAUUUGGAAAGUCAAUGUCUCGCUAAUGAACUCUUUGCCAAUGGGUUGGGACCGGGCCUUUCUUCACGGAUCACUCAGCGAUUCACUCAAAAUAAACAGAGAUUUCUUUAAAAUGAACGAAAGAGAGCUCAGAGAGUACUCUCAGCCAUACUUCCAGCCAGAAGUGGUUGAUGUCAGCGAUGACACCGACGACAUCGACGAGGACGAGGCGGUCGAAGAGAAUCUGGAAAACAAUUUGCAGGAAAACAGUCAUAAAAAGGAGUUCCAAUUGAUUACAGAGAUUAGCAACGAUUUGGAGAAUAAAAAAGUUGACAAUAAUUUCCAAAAUGAUUAUAAAAAUAGUUUAUUUCAACGAUCGGACGAAGUACUGGCUGUCAGUCCGGUGAUGGCCAACUUAGGACCAGCUCUUAUUCACUGCCAUUUCCAAAUGUUUUGCAAACAAAUUGUUUCCCGACUUCUUGUGCGGCUCAGGAGUGGUGCUCAGACAUGGCAUCCUCGCAGACAUUUGGCAUUUCACGAGCCCUUCAGGAGCGGUGGCCGCAAGUAUGAGGACAUCCGUGAAGCCAAAUGGGAGGCCAUUCCCGAGUGGGAGAGAAUGACCACUGGUUUCAGGGCAUUGAGAGAUGAGUGCAAAAUGUGGACACAAGAGAUGCGCGAUUGGUAUGGUUUGGACAGCUCUUGGGAUACCUUCGAGAACAAAGAAGUGGUGAAACUGUGGGACUUCGACCAGAGGAACAACGGCCUCAUCUCCUCCUAUCAUAACAGAGACCAAAGAGGGAUAGAGAUGAAUGACAUGAAGAGGUGGCGCACGGCUUGCGAUUCCGACUACAAUGAGGGUUGGGAUGCACUGACACACCAUCGAUGA